GGAGGUUCCGCAGAAUAAAACUGACUGGGAGGCUCUUUAAAUUGUUCCAUUUUCUCAGAACGAGAAACGUUAGUAUUUUUCACACUUUAUAAAUGCAUUAACAUGUUGCUCGGUUGUGGAACAGCACUGGGAAGGAUCGUCUUAGUCAUUUUAUUAUGACUAGCGGCUUAAUGAAUUUUGCACUUUUUCUUAAACUUUGAAUCAGCAAAUUUAAUGCGAAAACUUCGCGGUGGAUGUCAGACUUCUGCACAUCUUUUUAGCAAAUCAACAUGUGGCAUGGGACUUUUGGUGUGGGUCACGCAAGAACGUCCUGGAAGAAGAUCUGAAGAGGAGAACAUGAUUCACACGAACUGCAUGAAGAAUUUCCUCGUGUUAAAAUGAAUGAGAAACCCAAUAAAUGGAUUUUCAUCCCAAUUUUAGCCAUUCUUUUUGUCAUGAUUGGGUAUCAGUAUAUUUGCCCAGCAGGCAGUCAGUCUUGUCAUUUUAGGACGGGCGACAAACUCGUGGGGAUCGUUCCACUGUCCACUCCGUACCCCACCAUCGAUGACCUGGACAACGACCAGGACCCGGAGGAAGACAUUCCACCUAUAUGUGUGUCCAAAUUCAACUUUACAGAGCGAGAUCUGACACGCGACGUUGAUUUCAACAUAAAGGGAGACGAUGUGAUUGUGUUUCUGCACAUUCAGAAGACAGGAGGGACCACUUUUGGAAGACACCUGGUCAGGAAUAUCCGCUUGGAACAGCCGUGCGAGUGCAAACCGGGACAGAAGAAAUGCACGUGCCACCGGCCAGGCAAACAGGAGUCCUGGCUCUUCUCGAGGUUUUCCACUGGCUGGAGUUGCGGUUUGCACGCAGAUUGGACUGAACUGACCAACUGUGUGCCUGUGAUUAUGGACAAAAAGCAAUCUCCAAAGCUAAAGAGGAACUUUUACUACAUCACCAUGCUAAGAGACCCUGUGUCACGUUACCUGAGUGAAUGGAAGCACGUGCAGCGUGGUGCCACCUGGAAGACAUCCCUUCACAUGUGUGAUGGGCGCUCACCCACACAGGAUGAGCUGCCCACCUGCUAUAGUGGAGACGACUGGUCAGGGGUCAGGCUGCAGGAGUUCAUGGACUGCCCUUCCAACCUGGCCAAUAACCGGCAGGUGCGCAUGCUGGCCGAUCUCAGUCUCGUGGGCUGCUACAAUCUCUCCACCAUGAACGAGAGCGAACGUAACUCUAUUCUCCUGGCUAGCGCAAUGAGCAACCUAAAGAACAUGGCCUUCUAUGGUCUGACUGAGUUCCAGCGCAAGACACAGUUCCUGUUUGAGCGUACCUUUCAUCUGCGAUUUAUUUCCGCCUUCACGCAGCUCAACAGUACACGGGCUGCCAAUGUGGAGCUGCGCAACGACAUGCGGCGCCGCAUAGAACAACUGAAUUUCCUGGAUAUGCAGUUGUACGAGUUUGCCAAGGACCUGUUCGUGCAGAGAUACCAGUUCACGCGCCAGCGCGAGCGGCAGGAGGAGAGAUUGAAGAGGCGGGAGGAGCGGCGCUGGCUCAGGGAGAGGCGAGUCAUCCAGAACAAGCAACAAAGUGAGGAAAACCAACCUCAGGUCACCACAACUGAAGACUAUGCCAGCCAAGUGGUCCAUUGGUGA